UCAGCAACACCUCCCCGCCUGAUCACUUUGCCGACCCCUUCCAUGCAUUCGAUUACGCACAGGCGGCCUAUGGAGGCCAUCAUCACCCUCCUCCACCUUUUGCCCAACACCCGAGCCCCGUGCAUCAACAGCAUCAGCAUCAGCACCAGGACCAGCUCCAGCACCACCAGCACCACCAGCAGCAGCUUCAGGAGCAGCAUCAGCCGCACUCGCCCUCCACAAAUGGCAGCGUCAAUGGCAGCGUCAACGGCAGCAAUAGCAUUAGUAUGCGCGGCGAGGGCGGAUCUGGGCCAGGGACCAAGGCAGAGGGCACUGGCGAGGAAGUCCGUGGGAGCGAUGACGACGACAACAUGACACCGGCCCAGUCUCGGAGGAAGGCUCAGAACCGUGCUGCGCAACGAGCAUUCCGCGAACGCAAGGAAAGGCACGUCAAAGACCUCGAGUCCAAACUUGCCAGCCUCGAAGCCGCCCAGAAGGAAGCCGCCAGCGAAAAUGAGCGCCUCCGACGAGACCUACAGAGAAUGUCGACCGAGAACGAGAUACUCCGGGCCACCUCCGCCGUCAACCAGAACCAGACUGGCUCUCACUCCCCCGAGCCCAUGACGACCGGGCCCAUGACUUACACGCCCACCGACUUCUACACAAACGUGCUCCAGGGCCACAACAACAGGGGGCCUCCGCACCGUAUCGUCACCUCUGACGACGGCCAUAGACUGCUCGCGGCCGGUGCUGCUUGGGACUACCUCCUGGAACACUCGCUGUACAAGCGUGGGCUGGUGGAUGUCAGUAAGGUGGCCGAGUACCUGAGGCAAGUCGCAAAAUGUGAUGGGCAGGGGCCUGUCUUUUCCGAGCGAGACAUCAACUAUGCCAUUGAGCAGAGCGUUGCUAGUGGCUCGGAUGAUCUCCUGUAGGGCACAGCGAAAGGAAUGGAAUG